GACAUAUCAGUUUCAUCAUUAACGACAUACUGGCUGAUUUUCAGCUAGAUUUUAUGACAUUCCAAAGUCGAACACUUUUCCUUCUCAAACAAAAUGACGGAAAGAGAUGAUAUUGUCCGCCGUCUUCAGGCUCUGGAGCCCCUCAUUCGCAAAUUGUGCGGCAUUUGUGGAGUUCCUGGUGUCUCUUUGGGUGUUGUACUCAGUGGGGAUGUGAUUUUCCGCUUGAAUUUGGGUUACCGGAACCUUGAGACAUCAGCGGCCACAGACUCGGACACCGUUUAUCCAAUUGGAACUAUAGCGAAAACUUUUACUGCUUCCGCAAUUGGAAUUCUCGUGAGCGAAGGAAAACUAUCAUGGAAUACUCUCAUACGUGAUAUAUUACCGGAAUUCCGGAGCAGGGACUUGACUAUUUCACAAAAUCUGACGGUCCUGGACCUGUUAUGCCACCGAGGUGGUCUUGCCCGAUCAAAUCAAUGGUGGCAAGGAGCAGGGGGGGAAUUACUACAGGAGAAGAGGCAAACAAUUCCUUUCUAUAGUACGCUAGAACCGGUGGGCACCUUCCGCAGUGACUGGGCGUAUAGUAACUGGGGGUACGCCAUCCUUGGAGAGGUCAUUGAGAGAGCGAGCGGUUUGAGAUACGGGGACUUUCUCUCAAAGAGGAUAUUCCAACCGCUUGAACUUGACUGUACGACUACUGCCGAGCCGGUCGCUGCCAAUAAACACAAUGUGGCAAAGCCGUAUGCCGCGCUCGACGAUGCGACACUGCAUCCCCUGCCACAGCCUCCGGUACACGGUAACGCCAUCAUGGUCCCCGCCAUGGGAAUUAGCAGCUCACUCAAUGAUCUUUGCAAGUAUGCCAUCGCGCUUCUCCAUGCGCAGCGGACCGAAUGUCGCGGUGGCAAUACUUCUCAUCUCGUGCUACAGAAUGCAAAGACGCAUCUUGCCGGGCACAUUUUCACCGCUCAAGGGACAAUGGAAAAAUCUUACGCCUGUGGUUUUUACCGAAGCCAGCUUCCCAGCACUGUAAUGGGCAUGGGAUGGAACUCAAUUUACGUGAAGAAAAUGCCUACCAUCAUCCCACGAGGACAUUGCGGUCCCCUGAUCGCCCACGGAGGAAGUUUACCAGGAUACCACAGCGCCAUUGCGCUUCUACCAGAACUCGAAGCUGGGGUUGUCGUUUGCACCAACUCUAUUGGGCUUGGUGAUGCCUCUGGGUGGAUCAGCAUGGCGCUGGUUGAAGCAUUAAUAGAUUCACCCAACCCGACAGACUUUACUCAAUAUGCGACGGAGGCGGCCAUAGGCCACGUCAACAGCGUUCCUGCUCUCCAAGAUAAGCUAAGAAAAGCAAAACGUUCGUCCAUGUUCGUCCCGCCUCGGCCGUUGUCACAGUAUACCGGUCGCUAUCGUGAUGCAGAUCGGGACUGGGUCAUCGAUAUUCGGCAUAGAGACGCGGGUCAUCUCGAGGUGCUCUUCCAGGGUCUGGAGAGCCAAGUAUGGCCAUUGACGUACUAUGAAGACGAUACGUUCCUUUGGCUAACUGAGAGAAACGAACAAGCCAGACGGGGACGGAUGACAACUUACCCACAAGGGGAUGUCUUCAAACUGAUAUUCAUGGGAAACGGCAGCCUGAUCGACCGGGUAUGUUGGCCACAAGAGCCAGGUCUUGCCAAGGAGAAGCAGUGCUUUACGAAGGAGGAAACAGCACAAUAAUGAAGUCCCGAGAGUUCUCUUACCUACCUAGUCUGUUGAUAUGACAGCGACAUUACUAUUGAUGGCAGGAAAGAGCGAGGUUUCUAUAGCUUUACGAGUCCCUGCCCGUCAGCUGAAGUCAUUGUCCAAU